AUGCAUCACUCGGACAAAACAACCAAUCAAAACGAGCACAACACCCAAACCUCGCCGCAGACGACCGUGGAGGAAUUCUUCUCCGUCACCGGAGAUAUGGAGACUUGCCGGAUUUGCCAAAUAAACGGGUGCCUCGGCUGCCACUUCUUCACCGGCAUGCCGCCUGACGAGGUGGCGCAGAAUACGAAGAGGAAGCAGAAGAAGAAGAAGAAGAAGAACUAUAGAGGGGUGAGGCAAAGGCCGUGGGGAAAAUGGGCGGCGGAGAUCAGAGACCCGCGCAAGGCGGCCCGCGUGUGGCUCGGGACAUUCGGGAACGAGGAGGACGCGGCUCGGGCGUACGACCGUGCUGCGAUCGAGUUCAGAGGGCCAAGGGCGAAGCUCAAUUUCCCGUUCGCGGAUUACAUGAGGGGCUCCUCGUCCUCUAAUUAUCGGUUGGAGAGUGAAGGAAAAUCAUCGUCGAUGGAAAUUGGUCCGAGUGAUAGUAGUCGUUUGAGCGGGAAAAUGCAAAGCGAGUGUUGGGAAAUGACGGUUGGGAAAGAGGAGAUCGAGGAGUGGGUGACGUUGAUGAACUCCAACGACAAUGUCGACUCGCCGGAUUCUGUUUAA